AUGACCUUAUUAAAACACUGGAAAUACAACAAGGGUGAAGAUAUCGUCGUCACUCAAUUGAAAGGGUUGGUCAAUUCCAAUCCCGCAGUACUGUUAAUUGAAAGUGAAAAGGUCGUCUUCAAUCCACAUUCAGAUACCUCAAAAAAGAUUACGUUGAUAAGUGGUGGUGGUGCAGGACAUGAACCUUUACAUGCCGGUUAUGUUGGUGACAAUUUGCUUGAUGCAGCAGUUAGUGGAUCAGUUUUUGCAUCACCCUCAACGAAGCAAAUUAUGAGCGCAAUCAAAGCGAAAUCUGACAAAGAAAAGGGUACAAUCAUGGUCGUGAAGAACUAUACUGGUGAUAUAUUACACUUUGGUUUAGUUGCUGAAAGGGCAAAGAGUGAGGGAUACAAGAUUGAAAUGGUAACUGUCAGCGAUGAUGUAGCAGUUGGCAGGGCACAAAACAAGAUGGUUGGAAGGAGAGGAUUGGCUGGUACUGCCUUGGUUCACAAAAUAUUAGGGGCAGCUGUGAAUUCUGAUAAGGGUGGUGACUUGAAGGAUGUUGCAGACUUAGGAAAUGCAAUUAAUAAGAAUAUGGUUACUUUGUCUGCCAGUUUAGAUCGUACUUCUGUACCUGGAAGAGGUGAACAGGAUAUCGAGUUUAACAACGAAGAUGAAGCAGAAUUGGGAUUGGGUAUUCACAAUGAACCUGGAACCAAAAUUUCUCCAAUCCCAAAUAUCGACGAGCUUAUCAGAGGUAUGUUUGAGAAAUUGUUAUCUCCUGAGGACAAAGAUCGUCAUUAUGUUGAGUUUGCCUUGGGUGAUGAAUACGUUUUAUUGAUCAAUAAUAUUGGAGGGACAUCAUCAUUUGAAUUAUAUGCCAUAACCCAGCACGUGAUCGAAAACUUGCCCUUGAGCAAAAGACCCAAACGUAUUUACGUCAGUGACUUUGUGACCUCGUUCAACUCGCCAGGAUUUUCUAUUACCUUAUUGAAUUUGAAUAAUUUAACUAAGGAGAUUAUUAAUUUCAAUGUUGAUGAUGUGUUGGCUUAUUUGGAUGCUCCGACUAAUGCUCCUGGUUGGAAGCCAAAAAUUUAUGAUCCUGAGUUAUGGACUAAACAUCAACAAAAGGAUAACAAACAGGUGAUCUCGUCAACCGAUGAAGAGAAUAUCGUAACUUCAGAUCUUGUUAUCGACGAAGAAGAAUUUCUGCAUAGGUUAAGGAAUGCAAUGCACCUUUUACUUGACAGAGAGUCCAAAAUUACGCACUACGACUCCAUUGUGGGCGACGGAGAUUGCGGUGAGACGUUAGCAAAGGGAGCAAAUGAAAUUUUACAAGCUUUGGAUAAUGAUUAUGUGUUCCAAAAGCAUUUAUCCGAUCCGGUAGCCACACUCUAUUCUAUCACAGAAAUAGUCGAAAACAGUAUGGGAGGAACUUCCGGAGGACUUUAUUCAAUCUUUUUAACCGCUUUGGUUAAGUCUUUGAAGAGCUCAGUAGAAAUAAAUAUUGAAACUGUCGCUGAGGCCUUGAAUAGUGCCAUGUAUGAUGGAUUAUUUAAGUACACUAAAGCUAGAGUCGGCGGUCGUACUUUGGUAGAUACAUUGCAGCCAUUUGUUGAUUCGGUGAAGAAGUCUGGUGAUUUGAAAGAAGCUUUAAAGUCUGCACAAGCUGGUUGUGAAUCAACAAAGAAAUUACAAGCCUCUUUUGGAAGAGCGAGCUAUGUAAACGAAGAUGAAUUCAAGGCUGAAGGUGGGAUUCCAGAUCCAGGCGCUGUUGGUUUAUUGGCGAUUAUCGAAGGAUUCUUGAAGGAUUUGUAG